ACGCCGGGAAGGACCAUUGGUCCGAGGCCAGGAGCGGCGGUUGUGCUCGGUCGCGACCGCUGCCACCAUGUCCCGCGUGUCGGUCCCCUGCCAUGUGAAAGGCACCGUGGCCCUGCAGGUGGGCGACGUGCGAACCUCCCAAGGCCGGCCUGGCGUGCUGGUCAUCGAUGUCUCCUUCCCCAGCGUCGCGCCCUUCGAGUUGCAGGAGAUCAUGUUUAAGAAUUACUACACAGCCUUUCUGACCAUCCGUGUUCGCCAGCACACCUCAAUACACACUCCAGCCAAGUGGGUGACCUGCCUGCGGGACUACUGCCUGAUGCCUGACCCACACAGUGAGGAGGGAGCCCAGGAGUAUGUAUCGCUGUUCAAGCACCAGAUGCUGUGUGACAUGGCCAAAGUACUGGAACUGCGCCUGAUUCUGCGACAGCCAUCACCACUAUGGUUGUCUUUCACGGUGGAGGAGCUCCAGAUCUACCAGCAGGGACCAAAGAGCUCUUCCUUCACCUUCCCCAAGUGGCUCUCGCACCCAGUGCCUUGUGAGCAGCCCGCUCCCCUUCUUGAGGGUCUCCCAGACCCCAGCAGGGUAUCCUCCGAGGUACAGCAGAUGUGGGCGCUGACAGAGAUGAUCCGGGCCAGUCACACCUCCACAAGGAUCGGCCGUUUUGAUGUGGAUGGCUGUUAUGACCUGAACUUGCUCUCCUACACUUGAGUCGUGGCUCCUAGUCAAGACAUUGGCCUUCCAUGCCCACCCAGGCCCGAUUUGGGCCAUCAGAGGCCGAAGUGCUGUCCCUGUGCAUUCCGAGUGUUGCCUGCAUGUGCAUUCUGUUGGGGCCACGUUCAUGGAUUCAAGAUUCUUGGGGGCUCACUGUUGCUUUAGCAUGAGCUUCUGGAGGGGGUGCACUCUGUCCUCACCUGACUGUAACCCAAAGCUCCUCCUUCUUCCUUCCUAAAAGCACUCCAGUUCUGUUACUAAGAAUCCCCCUGUGCCCUCUGUCCCCCCUGCCAACAUGCACAUUUCUGUCUUCUGCCUGCUCCCUCACCCUGAGUGCAGUGGGUUGGGGUGACCUACUAGAACCUGCUUUGUCUAGCCUUGGAAGACUGCUAUAGCUUGCCACUUGUAGUUUGGAAGCUUGAGGGAGAAACAGGAGCCCCAUUUCUUCCUUCUGCACCCCCAAUGGUCUUCUUUCCCUUUGUGUUAUGCCCACAAAAAGAAAAUUCCUGUCUAAACUCUUCUGCUACUUGCCUAGGGAGACACACAAAGCUGGGAAGUUGGGCAGCCUGAGUCCUUUGGUCCCUGAGUUGGCUCCUGGAUGUGUGUUCAAACGGGUCUGCCCAUCCAUCGGGUCUGGGCGGGUGCCUCGGCAAGGCUGGGGCCUGAAAAUGAGUUCUGGGACCUGUCUGCCAUCUGACACAGCCCAAAGCACACCCUUGUCCCUCUUGCAGUUGCCCCCUUCUAAGAACCACACUCGGUGUGAUGAGGGAUCAACCUCGGCAGGGGGUGGGUCCAGGUGAGGGUUCUCAUUGGUGUCUUUCAAAAGGCUGAGGUUUUCUACAACCCCAGGUCAGCAGGUGAGAAUAAGACUACUCUUAUGAGAAAAUCCUGCUUCUCUCUGGUUUUUCCUGGCCUUCUUCUGGGGGCUUUUGUGAGGCAGUCCUGCAACAUGUGUUGGGCCUGGAAAAUUAGAUGAUUGUGUCGCUCAACAGCUUUCUGGGGGAAGGUCAGCCACCUUUUGGUGGCCACCUUCUGCUCUCACCCACCAGAGCUCUUGCAGGUGGUAUCUGCCUGCAGGGGCAUUUACUUAGCCCCAUUCAGCUUUUGCUAAGAGGGUAAUGAUCACAGUCUUGUGCUCAGGGAGAAGCAGCCCUCAGUGUGUAUGUGUGUGAGGGGGGAGGUCACUGGGAUGGCAGGGACCCUGCUUCCUGCACAGCUGUGUCCCCAGCACCCAGCACAGGCCCUAGUGUGCAGCAAGAUCAAUAAAUACUUGUGGAAUGCA